AUUGAAAAUACUACUAAAGAACUGAGAUUUAUAAAACUAGUAAAAAAGUUCUUAUAUUUAAUUAUUUUUAUAAACGUUUUAUUUAUAAAUAAUAAAGAUUUCUUUUCCCAAAUCGGAUAUAUUCUAGUUCUAGUAAAUAGAACUAAAUAUACUAAUAUUAUUUACUAUAUUCUAGUUUCGGAAUUCUAUAGUAUAGCUUAUAGCUUUAAUAUAGGUACUUUAGUUAAAUUUAUAAUUAAUAGAAUACUAGAAAUAGAACUGCUACUAGUAGUCUAUAUAGAUUCGAAGUUGUUAUAUAAAUGCCUUAUUAAAUUAGGAACUAUUUAA